AUGUCCCAAGACUUGGAACACAUUCUUGGCUCGCCAUAUGGCCAACCAAUGGCGCAAAUAUACUAUGACGCCCUCGGCAAAAACGGCGCGCUUGGAUUCAUGUCUCUUCUCAUGAUUGUUCAGUUCUUGAUGGGGAUCUCCAUCCUGGUGGCCGCCUCACGUCAAUCGUGGGCUUUCUCGCGCGAUGGUGCCCUACCAUUCUCCCGAUUCUUCAGACCCAUCUCCCGGCGAUUCGGUUUCAUUCCUGUGCGAACCACUGUUGGAUGCGCGGUGCUAGCGGCAGUCCUGGGCUUGCUGUGCUUGAUUGCUCCCGCUGCGGCGUCGGCCCUGUUUUCAUUGGCUGUGGCUGGCAACAAUCUGGCUUGGGGUACUCCAAUCCUCUGCCGUGUACUUUGGGGACAGAGGAAGUUCAGUCCGGGCCCAAUAUACACCGGAAGAGCGUCGAUCCCGAUCGCGUGGGCCGCGAUUACGUUUCUUAUUUUCGGAAUCCUCCUGUCCAUGUUCCCUGUCGGCGGACCAAAUCCUGAUGCCGAAAGCAUGAAUUAUACCUGCGUCAUCAAUUCCGCUGUUUGGGGAGGUGCCCUGCUGUACUAUUUCGUCGACGCGCGAAAGUGGUUCCGCGGGCCGCAGAUCACGCUUGAUCUGAGUGAACUUACCGAAGAGCAGGAAGCAGCUUUGCGGGCCGAGGGGUUUAAGGACGAAGGGGCGAGCGGAACCGCCGUGCUUAGCAGUGGAGUGCACAACGACAUCAAAAGCCCCUUGGAGACAGCAUAG